CCGGAUGAAUAAUUCGGUGUCCGACUUUUCCUGCCUUUGGCGCAGUCCCUCCCCCGCUGCGUUACUCGAGUGCACACGCGGCCGGGCUCUCGGCGCUCGAUUGCUUCAGCCUAUCACCCUGGGAUGCCGCCUGCCGCCGCCACCGCCACCGCCACCGCCGCGGCUGCCGGGCUUGUGGGAUCCGCCGCGGAGCCGGAGCCAGAGCUGCGGCCGGAGCUGUGGCCUGAGAGUUAGGGGGCUGGCCGGCUCAUUCCAGAAGUGGGGGCCGAGGACAGGCGGGCUAGAACCCGGAGCCACCGCCCCCCUAUCCCUCCUCAGGCUGAGGGAACUGGCACUCGGAGCUUCUGAGGCGGCGGCGGCGGCGGCGGGAGCCGGUCAGAGGGGGCGGCCCCUGGCGGCGACGCCCCCAAGCCCAACCCUGCCCGGCCCCGCUCCAUCCCCAGCCAGAGCUUGGUCUGACCGCGAGAGACGCCAGCGGGGCUGAAGAAGGCGGCUCCGAGGAGGUGGGAGGGCGAGCCUCCCCUCCCGGGUUCUUCUGCGUCCUCUCCCGGGAAGGACCCACACACACCUGAGCCCGGACCCACCCUUGGUCGGGGCCACGCUGGAUCCUCCUACCGGCCUGGGUCCCGCCCGCCGGCUGCAGGUGGGCUGCAGCGCCCGAGCCUUGGGCAGUGGGCAACCGGGAAGGAGGUGAGAGGUGUCCGCUUCGGCUGCCGCUCGGGUCCCUGCCCUCGCGGCGCGCUCUCCUCCUCCUCCCCUUCCCGCAGGCAGGACGCGGAGCCGCGCGCCCGCCCGCCCCGAAGCCGCCGCCUCGUCCCCCCCCCCCCCGCCCCGGGGCACCAUGGAGCUCUCUCCGUCGUCCGGAGGAGCCGCGGAGGCGCUGUCCUGGCCGGAGAUGUUCCCGGCGUUGGAGUCCGACUCGCCGCUGCCCCCGGAGGAACUGGACGCGGUUGUCCCAGUCAGUGGAGCCGUGGCCGGUGGCAUGUUGGAUCGGAUCCUUCUGGAGUCCGUGUGCCAGCAACAGAGCUGGGUCCGGGUGUACGAUGUGAAAGGGCCACCCACGCAUCGUCUGUCUUGUGGUCAGUCACCCUACACAGAGACAACAACAUGGGAGCGGAAGUAUUGCAUCCUCACAGACAGCCAGUUGGUAUUGCUCAACAAGGAGAAGGAGAUACCUGUGGAAGGGGGACAGGAGCAGCAGACAGAUUCCACCAAAGGGCGAUGCCUGAGGAGAACUGUCAGCGUCCCUUCCGAGGGUCAGUUUCCUGAGUACCCACCAGAGGGCGCCACUAAACUGGAGGUACCAGCAGAAAGGUCCCCUCGUAGACGCAGUAUCUCAGGGACCAGUACAUCAGAGAAACCCAACUCCAUGGACACUGCAAAUACCUCACCCUUCAAAGUACCAGGAUUCUUCAGCAAGCGCCUGAAAGGCUCCAUCAAGAGGACCAAAAGUCAGUCAAAGCUUGACAGAAACACGAGCUUUCGGCUUCCAUCCCUUCGCAGUACAGAUGACAGGUCUGUAUCUCCGCUUCUGGGGAGAGAUAAGUGGAUGGAAAACCUUGGCAGGACAGUUCAACCUAAUAAGGACAAUUGCAGGCGAGCUGAAAAUGUUCUUCGUUUAUGGAUCAUUGAAGCCAAGGACCUUGCCCCUAAAAAGAAAUAUUUCUGCGAACUGUGCCUUGAUGAUACCCUCUUUGCUCGUACAACCAGCAAGACCAAAGCAGACAAUAUUUUCUGGGGCGAACAUUUUGAAUUCUUCAGCCUUCCACCUCUUCAUAGUAUCACAGUUCACAUUUACAAGGAUGUGGAAAAAAAGAAAAAAAAAGACAAGAAUAAUUAUGUAGGGCUAGUCAACAUCCCCACUGCCAGUGUGACUGGUCGCCAAUUUGUAGAAAAGUGGUAUCCGGUGAGUACACCUACACCCAACAAAGGAAAGACAGGAGGACCUUCUAUUCGGAUUAAAUCACGUUUCCAAACUAUCACCAUUCUGCCUAUGGAGCAAUAUAAAGAAUUUGCAGAAUUUGUCACCAGCAACUACACCAUGCUGUGUUCUGUCCUUGAGCCAGUAAUUAGUGUGAGAAAUAAAGAGGAGUUGGCUUGUGCCUUAGUGCACAUUCUUCAAAGUACUGGCAGAGCCAAGGAUUUUCUGACUGACUUGGUGAUGUCUGAGGUGGAUCGUUGUGGAGAACAUGAUGUCUUGAUCUUCAGAGAGAACACUAUUGCCACCAAAUCCAUUGAGGAAUACCUCAAGUUGGUGGGACAACAGUAUCUUCAUGACGCACUGGGGGAGUUUAUCAAAGCUUUGUAUGAGUCAGAUGAGAACUGUGAAGUGGAUCCCAGCAAAUGUUCAUCUAGUGAACUGAUAGACCAUCAGAGCAACCUGAAAAUGUGCUGUGAGCUGGCUUUCUGCAAGAUCAUCAACUCUUACUGUGUUUUCCCUCGUGAGUUGAAAGAAGUGUUUGCAUCAUGGAAGCAGCAGUGCCUGAACCGUGGCAAGCAAGACAUCAGCGAGAGGCUCAUCAGUGCCUCAUUAUUUCUCCGUUUUUUGUGUCCAGCCAUUAUGUCUCCCAGUCUUUUCAACCUUAUGCAGGAGUAUCCUGAUGACCGCACAUCUCGGACUCUAACUCUUAUUGCCAAGGUCAUUCAGAACCUGGCCAACUUUGCCAAGUUUGGUAACAAAGAGGAAUACAUGGCAUUCAUGAAUGAUUUUUUAGAACAUGAAUGGGGUGGAAUGAAGCGCUUUCUUUUGGAGAUCUCUAAUCCAGACACCAUCUCAAACACCCCAGGCUUUGAUGGUUACAUUGAUCUGGGCCGAGAGCUUUCAGUUUUGCAUUCCUUACUGUGGGAAGUAGUUUCCCAACUUGAUAAGGCGACCGUGGCAAAAUUGGGGCCUCUCCCUCGUGUUCUUGCUGAUAUUACCAAGUCAUUGACUAAUCCUACGCCAAUACAACAGCAACUGAGACGCUUCACUGAACAUAACUCCAGUCCAAAUGUCAGUGGAAGCCUCUCCUCUGGGCUGCAGAAAAUAUUUGAAGACCCCACUGACAGUGAUUUGCAUAAACUAAAAUCUCCAAGCCAGGACAACACAGACAGCUACUUCAGAGGGAAAACAUUAUUGCUGGUUCAGCAAGCCUCCUCUCAGAGCAUGACUUAUUCUGAAAAGGAUGAAAGGGAAAGUAGCCUUCCUAAUGGUCGGAGCGUCUCCCUCAUGGACCUCCAGGACACUCAUGCUGCUCAAGUGGAGCAUGCAUCUGUCAUGCUUGAUGUGCCUAUACGCUUGACCGGAAGCCAGCUUUCCAUAACCCAGGUGGCCAGCAUCAAACAGCUGCGGGAAACCCAGAGCACUCCCCAAAGUGCACCCCAAGUGAGAAGGCCCCUGCACCCAGCCUUGAACCAGCCAGGUGGCCUUCAGCCCUUGUCAUUCCAGAACCCUGUCUAUCACCUCAAUAACCCAAUUCCAGCAAUGCCAAAGGCCUCUAUAGAUUCCAGUUUGGAGAACCUAAGCACUGCCAGUUCCAGAAGCCAAAGUAACAGUGAAGACUUCAAGCUUAGUGGACCCAGCAAUAGCAGCAUGGAAGAUUUCACUAAACGUAGCACUCAGAGUGAGGACUUCUCCAGGCGGCACACUGUGCCAGACAGACACAUACCUCUUGCUUUGCCACGACAAAAUAGUACUGGGCAGACCCAGAUCCGAAAAGUGGACCAGGGUGGGUUAGGUGCCCGAGCCAAAGCCCCACCAUCCCUGCCACAUAGUGCUUCCUUACGUAGCACCGGGAGCAUGUCAGUGGCGUCCGCAGCCCUGGUGGCCGAACCUGUGCAGAAUGGGAGCCGGUCCCGGCAGCAGUCCUCUUCCUCCAGAGAAAGCCCUGUUCCCAAAGUGAGAGCAAUCCAGAGACAACAGACACAGCAGGUUCAGUCACCUGUGGACUCUGCCACAAUGUCCCCAGUAGAGAGGACAGCAGCCUGGGUUCUGAACAAUGGGCAGUAUGAAGAGGAUGUGGAAGAAACUGAGCAAAAUCAAGAUGAAGCCAAGCAUGCUGAGAAGUAUGAACAAGAAAUUACUAAACUGAAGGAGCGCCUGAGAGUGUCCAGCCGGCGACUGGAGGAAUAUGAACGCCGCUUGCUGGUGCAGGAGCAGCAAAUGCAGAAGCUGCUGCUGGAAUACAAGGCCCGCCUGGAGGACAGCGAGGAGCGGCUCCGAAGACAGCAGGAAGAGAAGGACAGCCAGAUGAAAAGCAUCAUCAGCAGGCUAAUGGCUGUGGAAGAAGAACUGAAGAAGGAUCAUGCUGAGAUGCAAGCAGUUAUUGAUGCAAAGCAGAAAAUAAUUGAUGCACAGGAAAAACGGAUCGUGUCCCUGGAUUCAGCCAACACCAGACUGAUGAGCGCGCUGACCCAAGUGAAGGAGCGAUACAGCAUGCAGGUCCGCAAUGGCAUCUCCCCCACCAACCCCACCAAGCUUUCCAUCACGGAGAAUGGUGAAUUCAAAAACAGCAGCUGCUGACGGGCUUUGUGAAUAGACAGACUGUGGAAGGAGACAGAAGGAAAUUGACCCACUCUCCUAUCCCCAGACCUUUACCUAGCCCCUCCAGGUUUACAGAAUGUUGCUACUUCACAAUGGCAAUGUGGUGAGAAACUCUUGAAUGAAGAGAGGAACCUUGUCUUUCAGGGCAUAAGGCAGUGACUUCCAAGGUCAAUGCUUUUCCCCCACAUCUCUAUGUACAUAGGGAACUUAGUUCUGGGCCAUGUACAGAAAAUAUCACUGUAAUAUACCAAAAGGAAGUUAAUAAUGUAGAUUACCUUUUUGAUUAUUGCUAUUUUUAUUAUUGUUUUCCUCUUGUUGAAAGCACUGCAGUUGUUAGAGGAAGUAAAGUAGGAACUGUUGUGUGAGUGAGACACGAGCCUGUAGGUUCAGUAGGUAGAGACCAAGCAUCUAUCUGAUAGAAGCACAUGGAGUGCAAUAGGACAUUGUGAGAAGGAAUUUUUCAGGGAUUCAUCUACUAGUUUAAAAACCCCACUCUGGCCCCCUUGUCCUUUCAGAAAACAUGCAAAUACCAAGAUCCAUACAAAACAAUAAUUUAUUCCACUGAUCACCCAAGACUGGUUCUGGUUGGAAGCUAAUCUGAUUUGGGGAUUCACUGUUUCAGAGGACACAGACAAAAGCUGUUGCAUCAAAACUGGACUUUAGGAGUAAUUUCGAUGGAACUCCUGUCAAUAUGUUUAUUUCCUCUGUCUACAGCAGAUGGGAAUCUUCUCUUUUAGAUAGGGGCUUUUUUUUUUUUUAACCCCAAUGGUAAUAAAGGGUGUUCUUUUUCCUCUUUAGAGUUUACAAAGCUAUAAAUAUUUGUCUCUCCACGUACCAUCUUCAUCUUCACACAUUCACUGCGCUUUCCUCCCCAUGGUGGGAGCUGUCGUCACCAACAGGGUUUACUCUCCCCUGGAGAGGUUAUUUAAAUAGCUGUCCAUAAGCCAUCCAAAUCAACACCCUUUCUUCCAUACAGAAAAGGGCUAACCAUACCAUAGCUGGAAUCUCUGAAUAUUUCCUAUUAAAAUUUUUUUUCUGUGUGUUACGUUAUAAUUUUUGUUUGGGAUAAAGACUUUAUCCAUUGUACUAGCAAAUCUAUGGGGGGUAAUUUUAUCUCCAUCUUUAACUUUUAAAGUGCUUCUUCCCCUUAUCCCCUCAAUAAAGAAAGGAAAUCCAAAUUUGAAGCAUCACUCUCUUAAAAGUGAUGAUUGCUCAUGUUUAAAAAAAGAAAAAGAAAAAAAUUGAAAGUGUCAGGAUGGCACAUUCCGAUUGUUAUUCCCAUGCUGGUAGAUCUGACAAUAAUGACCCAGUUUCAACACUUGUCAUCUAUAGCCUUAUUAUUAUAGAACAGAAAAAGUCAUGGAAAUGAAUUCAUUUCCUUUUUUCCAAAGGUGUGAAAUAUCAUCUUGAAUGCAACCUUGAUUAUCAGAAGUAUGGCGUGUUACAUGUUAAACAGACAUUAUAUAUACAAAUAUAUAUACACAUAUAUAUUCAUACAUAUGUACAUAUAACUGCACAAAUAGGAAAAGUUCAUGCCUUCUAUGCUGUUCAGAUAUAAUGUUAAAAGGGUCCUGAACCUCUUUAAGCAAGAUCUAAGCAGUUGUUUUAUAUUGAGAAAGCAACAAUGUUUCUCGAAUAAGUUGAUGUUGAUUUUAAAUUAUAAGCUUUAAAGAAUUUUUUUUCUAGAAAAAGGGGAUGGUAAAAAAAGGACCUGAGGGAGCCAUAUGCAUCAAGUGAGUGUUUCCCCAUAACAGAGUAUUUAUAAGGGAACAUGUAUAGUGCCCUCUUUUGAGUGAUGCCGACAGACACCAAGCCCUCCUUUUCACCGAGUGCCAGGCUUGCAUUCCAGCCUCUUGAUCUCUGCCCUCUCUCAGGCGGAUCUUUGUGUUGGACUUUAUGUUUCAGCAACCUCACCAUGGCCACAUAAGCCACAACCUUUUAAAACCAUUUAUUUCAUAGCAAUCCCUGUUUCUGCCAGACAGAGAUCUAAAAUGGGAGUUUCUCACUGUGUUUAUCUGAUCUGCACACUUUAUAUCCAGCUGUUUUGGCACUUUUACAUUUUCUUCACCUUUGGUAUUUGUUUUGCAAAUUCUUACACCUUCUCUCCAAGCGGAGGGCACACUGUGGUCAAAAUCACUUAUUUUAUUAGGAAAAAGAACUAACUGUUCCAAAGUGUAGUGUCCUUUGUUGAAGGAGGAGGGAUGUAAGCAUAGAUCUGUUAUUGUUUCUGGCUAUUCUCAGCUCAAGCCAUGUUUAAUUCAUUCUUUGUAAAAGCCUUCAGUUGUGCCACAGAAAACCUGGUAAGAGAAUUGUCAGUUUCAUUGGCCUUAAGUAUGUAAUGUGGGUGAUGUCUUGCCAUUGAGGUUUGGAAGCUCUUAAGUGCUGAUUAUGGAUUACAGAGGGCUGAUAAAAUUACCUAUAUUGGGAAUUGAGAGAAGCCCAAAAAAAAAAUCAAAUGUGCUUUUGAUGGAUAGAAUGUAUCUUAUUAGCAUUAUGGGAGCUCCUUAGAGGGCUGUCUUCAUUGGAAGAUUUAAUGCCCAAAACAUUUGGACAGAUUAUGCAGCCUUCUACUAGCAGGUUAUCUUGAAUGAAGAAGAAAUAGCAAAAAAUAAUAAUAAUAAUAGAGCAUUACAAGUAAACUAAAAGUUCAGAGUUGUUGACAGAUGUUAAAUGUUAGGUUAUCCUGUGAGCCUACUCCUGUCCAAACAUUUUUCUCAGUUUUUCUUUAGAGAAUGCUGCAAUCUGUAGAACUUACUCUGAAGGAUUUUUUAAGAAGAGAAGCCACCAACAGGUGAUAAUUUUUAUGGAGGUAUUUCUUAAUUGGCUUUCCCUCAGUUCAAGUAGGUAAAUAACUUUGUUUUGCUGGGAGGAGGUACAUGGCUGAAGAGAGGCAAAUAGAUUAAGAUAGCAAUGUCUUGCACUUCCUGUUUCCCUCAAAACACCACCACAUUGUGGGUCGCAGGAUAGAUGAGGGUUGAGUGGAAUUUGGAAUUCAGGUGAAGUGCUUCUAAAGUGCAUGUCAAGCUGACAACAGACUUGACCAUUAAUGAGGACAGUGUUGGUAGGAGUCAGAAAAGAGCUUCAUAUUCCCCUUUUAUAUUACUGAAGCAAUAAGCAAUCUGAG